AUGCCACUCUCAGCCAAAUUCAACGGCUUGGAGCUGCCAGCUUCAGCAGACUUCCACGUCCAUCUCAGAGAUGGAGCUAUGAUGAAAACAGUAGUCCCAACCAUCCGCGCCGGAGGAUGCAACACGGUCUACGUAAUGCCCAACCUGAUCCCCCCGCUCACCUCCGCCUCAGACGCCCUGGCAUACAAAGCCCGGCUGCGCGAACAGGACCCCAGCAUCAACUACCUCAUGACGCUGUACUUGCACGAGAGCAUCAGCCCCGCCGUCGUCAAGGGAGCGCGCGCGCAGGGUAUCGUGGGUAUUAAGAGCUAUCCCGCCGGCGUGACGACGAACUCGAGUUCAGGCGUUCUGUCGUACGAACCCUUCUAUCCUGUCUUCACGGCCAUGGAGCAAUGUGGCUUGGUGCUGAAUCUGCAUGGGGAGUGUCCGUCGGGGAAAGACAUCACGAUCCUUAAUGCGGAGAGCAACUUCUUGCCCACGCUCAAGAGUCUGCAUGCCAAGUUCCCGAAGCUGAAGAUCGUGCUGGAGCACUGCACUACUAAGGAUGCUGUUGAGGCCGUGAGAGAAUGCGGUCCGAAUGUCGUAGGAACCAUCACAGCACACCAUUUAUAUCUGAUUGUAGAUGACUGGGCAGACAACCCAUUCUCGUACUGCAAGCCCGUUGCCAAAAACCCAAGUGACAGAGAAGCACUCAUUAAAGCGGCCCUCGACGGCACCGGGAAGUUCUUCAUGGGCAGCGACUCCGCCCCCCACGACAUCAGCGCCAAGAAAGGCGGCACGGGCAAGACAGCCGCAGGCGUCUUCACCCAGCCCUACGUGACGCAGCUCGUGCUCGGCGCUUUCGAAGAAGCCAUCAAGCGAGAAGUUGUCACCGAGGCAGACGUCACGGCGGAGAUACUAGAGGGUUUCCUAGGAGGCUACGGACGCAAGUUCUACGGUAUUACAGACAGCAGUAAUGAGAAGAUCGUGUUGGUGAAAGGGGCAGAGGCGGUGCAGGAAUCGUUCAAGGGGGAUGGCGUAGAGGUUAUACCGUUUCGGAAGGGACAAAGCACGUGGAGCAUACAGUGGAAGUAG